AAUCAUCAUUGAUCCUCCAAGAAGUCAACUUUUGUAUACUUUUCUGAGGUCUCACCGGUUUCAAUGUUCCCUUAAAACCUGGGAGGGACAACCCAAUCUUCCCUUAAAAUCCCAUGAAAAAUCCCAUAAAAAAUUCCAAUGACGGAGGUGGGCACUUGGGACUAUUGCUUCCUCCGGCGGAGCAAGAUCCCUGCGGCGCGCUUGAAGGAUCUGCGUGUCUACAAGGAGCACGUGGACUCCGAGCCCAACUCGGGCGGCCGCAGCGGCCUGUGCCGCCGCAGUGAGGCGGUGCCCAUCUCGAGCAGCGACAAGGUGUCUAUGGAGCUGCCCAGCUGCUGCGAUGCCUCAAAGGCUUGUGUUGGCACCUGCUGGCGCUCCUGUUGCGCCUCCAGUUCUUCACCUUUGGUGGCCGGCGUCUUCCUGGGCGCCAAGGUGGAGGGCGAGCUGGGCGGCGGUCCCGUGCGCUUGACGCGGGACGUCUGGACUCUGCGCGAAGUGGAGCAGCUUCUUCUGAUGGCCCAGCGCGGCCGGGAGCUGCUCGGGCUGCCAGAGGUGAGCGCCAUUCCUGAUCUGGAAGCUCCAGUGCAGGUGACAGAUAUAGAUUGUGGUGCCAUGACUUUCGGCAAGGAAGGCUUGCCGACCAUUUCAGAGGAUGCCGUGCUGCGCGAACCCAGUGCUCAGAGCACGGAAGCCUCUGCCGCUUUGUCCUCCAAGGCAGCUGCUCCCGGCAGACGGGCUGUGGUUUUUUAA